GUGAGAAGAUUUCAGAUAAAGAUGAGAUUAUUGUCACGUACCACUCAUUGUAGCCAUUAAUUCCAGAAGAUUGUUCUCAGACAACAGUGCCCAGUAGCUGUGGCAGUGUCAGAUGUAUUCCUGCCUAUAAAUCAUUUGCCUUUUAAUAAGUGUCAAUAUUUAAAAAGCUCUCAGAGAGUAUGAUAAAUAUUCAUUUUUUUUUUUUUUUUAUGGUUCAAUUUCAAAAGAUGGACGUGGUACAUUGGACUUUUACUUACAGACAGCAAUGGAGGAGCUUAAAGCCAUGUAGUUAUUGUCAUUCAAAUUAUGUUGGGUUUUUUUUUUGCAUCAUGUAUUUGACUGCAGUGCUGUAAUUAUGUUUAGAAAAUCUAAAAAUGUUGUCAUUGUACAGACUAAUGAUUUCAUUUUGAUACAAUAAUGGAGCAGUAGCAUGAAAAUAUAAUUAUUUAGAAUUACUUAAAACUUACGAAACCAGCAAAAAAUAAGACAAUCUAUGGGGAAAAAAGUGCAGCUGAAAUUGGACUCUCUGGAUCUAACGAUGACUAAAAUGAGUAAAUUGAAGAAUUGUUACAGUUAUAGAAGCAAAAUGACCGAUUUUGAAAAAAACAACCAAAAAAACAAUUGAUAAUUCAAUCGAAAGAAGGUCUGCCAUCAUCUCUGCGCCAUAUCGAAUGAAGUGUUAAAUAUAUAUGUGUCUGCUUUUCUUCUCGUGCCAAUUGAUGUAGCCAUUCUUCACUCAGGGUCCACUUAUCAAUGUCCACCCUCUUCCAAGAAGCCCCUUAUCUCGCCGGCUUAGGUAUUGGUUAUCUCGAUGACAGGUGAUGAAGUUGAUAAUUCGAAUCUCACAUACAUUGACUUAUGUCCUGUAGAAUAUCGAUGGGGAUCGAUGGUCAUUGUGGCAUUUUAUAUAGAGAAGGGUCCUCUAUCAACCAAUGAAUGGGGAAUUUUGGGUUAGAUGGGAAUUAUUGUUAUUUGUGUAGCACAGUCCAAGAAUAAACGAGAGGAAGGACUAUGUUUAUUGAUUUACUGAGUGGAAAUGGACUAGUCUUCUACUUGGUUAAAUUGUGUUUUUUAUUUAAUUACAAUAAGCCUGUGAGAUGUCAAGGCAGUUGGUUGAACAGUUAAAGUUGCAGCUGCCAGUUUUUUGUAUAAUCUGUGGAUGUAUGUAAGAUGUAUUGUGUAAUAAAAUAAAUGCAUAUAAAGAGAAUUUCCAUAUUGAUUUCGAGCAAUGCAGUGCCAGGGUUUAUGAGAUGUAGCUAGCACUGAAUCAUGCUAGAAGACUGAUAGGAGGGGAAAAAUCAUCUUAUACCGCGAUCAGGACCAAAGGGACCAUGCUCACUGUAGAUACAAUCAGCAUUUUAGCAUCCGUCUGAUUAGUAGAGGUGCCAUUGUAGAAAAAGGUGGCUUUAUUUCUGGAAAGAGAAAGUGUGGCAGAGGUGAAUCCAGUCUCCAUUUACUUAUCUUAGAAGUUUGUAAAGACAAUUAGAGAUGGGGAACAAAUCAUCAAGUAAGAAACUUCCUAAAGAAGACUUGGAAUUUUUGUGCUCAAAUACAAAAUUCACAAAGGCUGAGAUUAAGGACUGGUACAGGGGAUUUAUGAGAGACUGCCCGGAUGGAUUGCUGUCAAAGGCCAAAUUUCUGGAGGUGUAUUCAACAUUUUUCCCUACUGGAAAUCCAGACAAAUUCUGUAAUCAUGUGUUUAGAUCUUUUGAUGGCGACAACAGUGGCAAAAUUGACUUUAAGGAGUUUUUGCUUGCCAUAAACAUCACUUCCGGAGGUGACCCCAAAAGCAAGCUAAACUGGGCCUUCACUAUGUACGAUAUCGAUGGAAAUGGUACCAUUGAAAAAGAUGAAAUGGUAGAAAUUAUUGGGGCUAUUUACAACAUGCUGGGAAGUGCAUUGUGUGGACAAGGAGAAGAUACACCCGAAAAAAGGACUGAGAAAAUUUUUGAAAAAAUGGACGAGAAUGGCGAUGGACAUUUAACAAAACAGGAAUUUAUCGAAGGCUGCAUGAAGGAUCAAGUCUUGUAUCAAAUGCUAACAGCAGAUGCAGCAACCAACCAAUAAUGGUAGCCUGACUAUUAUUCCAUUUCAUUCACUUGUCAACAUUUCACAAAAACUGUCUGCUGUAUAAGAGUUUUAUUCUGGUGAGAUGAUCGAAUCAUGUUGUUACAGAACGAAGCAUCUUCUUACAAUAAAAUCAUUUCUUGUUCCAAACAAAUGCAUUUUCUUCUAGUGAUUGAUUUUAAUAAUGAUUCCUAAAAUACAAAGAAAAACAGUGAAACUUCCUUGGUAAUAAUUGAAGUCAAGGUUAUGAAAUGAAAUGUAAUAUGGACAACAUAACAUUUUGUAUUGUUCUGCAUUAAACUUUUAAAUUAGUGAAUAUUUAGUUAAAAGUAUGUGUAAUUGUAUAAAACUGAAAGAAAAUUGAAAAAUAUUAAUUUUACAUGUAUAUCUGAUUUGGAUCUUUAUGCUUGUAUUAAACCGUUACUAAUUACAUGUAUAUGUAUUUUAUCCUUGAGUUUUGAUCCCAAUUGUGAUACUGUGUAAUGAUGUACUAUAAUAUAUUUUAUAGUUUUAUUUCAUUCAUGUUUUCCAUUCCCUGAAAAUCAUGUUUGUAUUUUAAAUACUCGAGAUCAUGUGUAGAAAUGUUUAGCUAAAGCAAUAUCCUGAAUCAACUUUAUUCGUAAUUUAUCUAUAAUCCUAUGAAUAAUGGAGAAUCAUCGCCUUACAUAUUUUGGGUAUUCUCCAGAAGAACUGGGUGUUUGCCGGUACUGAAAGCAGAAGAUGCAAUAUAUAAUUAUCAAUACCUACA